ACCAGCGGUCGAAUCCCGAGAAGAUGAAUGAGCCCGCCGAGACCCGUCGAAAAAGCCGAUCCCCGACCAAAUGAGAAUGACGGCGACGCUAACAUCGCAGCGCAGUUGCAGUCCAGGAGACAAAGGGACACAGAGAGAGAGAGAGAGAGAGAGAGAGGGCCUGUGCAAGGACAAACGGAGGAUUGAUCGGGAAUCAUCCUUCCGACGUCGGGAGCGAAGGAAGGAGCAGAAGUUGCUGGAGGUGGGGGCCGCCAAACUUCCGAUGGAUAACGAGAGAAUAGAGGGAGGCAGGGACUGAGAACAAGAACAAGAACAGGGGCGCCGAUCGCAAGAGAGACGGUAGAAGCAGCCCCCCACUGGAGAGACGGCCGGAGCAGACAGGGGACAUACGAGCGACGCGAGGCGGGGGGGCAGCGGGCAUUCGAAUUCGGACUCAUGGCGUGGUGUUAACCGCUGCCCGAAGCGAAAAUUGGGCGGUGCCCGGAACGGCAGGCAGGCAGGCAAGCAAGCAGGCAGGGCUGUGGCGCCGAUCAACGCCCCUCGUCCACUUCGAUCGAUCGAGACAGCGACGCUCUCUCGCGCUCUCACACGCGGACGCGGACGACGAGCACAGACGAGACGGGACGAGAGGAGACGGCACGGGAGAGAGUGCAGGCUUGGAGGGCUUGGAGGGCGAGCGGGCAUAUGGAGGGGGAGUGAUAAUGUUUAGGGUUAUGGCGAUGCGCAGGAAAGAAAUGAUCGAGCCCGUGCGGAGAGUGAUGCUCGAAAUUGACGCGCGUGCGGUCGGUGCAGACGAAUGCGGUCGGAGGAGCAGGCUGGUGAGGUUGGUGUGGUUCGCGGGCACGAUUUAAUCACGUGAACGAUGGUCGACGAGCGGGGCCAAUUCGGACAUUUCUCGCCCGAUUGAUUUCGGCGCGUCUGAGCGUUAGUAUUGCUAUCGUUUCUUUGUGCUGGAGAGAGGCUCCUUCCUCGCGGUACGAGCCAGCGAGUGGGCGAGCGAGCGAGCGAGCGACCGUGAGAGGUCCGGGGUUGUGACGGGGGCACGGCAGGGAGGAUGCGCGAGAGGGCGUAAUCUCUGGGAUGUGCAAGGAGUUCAAUUUGAGAGGAUGCCACUGAGCGCGAAGAAAGUGGCGGCGUCUUACGGCUCUGGAGGUGUGAGAGUCCCCAGGGCGCCGCUCAUAUUGUGCUUGACUUGUCCACUCUGCGGGGAUUUGUUCCGGGAAGCGACGACAGUCUCCGAGUGUCUGCAUACCUUUUGCAGGGACUGUAUACAAGGUCGACUGAGCGAUGGCGAGACCAACAGCUGUCCGAUUUGCAAUGUCAGCUUGGGCACUCUUCCACUGGAGAAGCUGAGGGCGGAUCACCAAUUAGAUGAUGUGAAGGCUAAGCUCUUCCCCGAUGCAUCUCGCAAAAGGAAGAAUGGUCCCGGCAGUAGCCCGGCAGUAUCAGCUGCUCCUAUCAGAAGAAAGGAAAGGUCGCUUUAUUCCCUGGGCAUUGGCGCGCAACCACAGUCUGCCAAUCCAGGGUUCGCUACUCGGGCAACCAGAGGUUCUCCUGGAAAGUCUUUAGCUGUUCGAGAUACCAGUAGUAGUGAGGAGGAGGAGGAAGAAGAAGAAGAAGAGGAGGAGGAGGAAGAGGAAGAAGAGGAAGAGGAGGAGGAGGAGGAAGACGCUGACGAAGUUGACGAGCAAGAUGAAGAGGAGGACGAGCCCACCGACGCGGAGGAUUAUGUCGGGAAGGAGGGAACGAAUGGGAUGGUUGAGUCAGCUCCGUUUUCAACCACUGGUGCCAAAAGGAUGGAAGUUGAACAUGAAAUCAACGAUCUGGACUUCAUACCUUUUAGACCUUCGCGGCCGAAGGAAGAACCAAGAAGAGCUCCGAUUAGAGAACCCCCUGCACCAAGCUCCGACGUAGGGAUUUACCAUGCCCGACGGUCAGUCCUUACUGCAAAUGGAGUUGCCCGAACAAGAAGUGGCAGCGGUAUGGAACCAAUGGUUUCUGCCGACGAAACAGGUGCUGGGUCUGCAAAGGGACCUGCUAAUUCUCAGGAUGGACGUGGUUUGGGGUCUGACAAUCUUUUGGCUACGUUAGCAGAAGUAGCUGAAGCUUCUGGUAUUGGUAAAGCCAGUCGUGGAGAACAGCCGCAGACUGGUGCAUCUGGUCUCGCGAACAACGGACCAGACAUCUCAAGGGGCAGAGACAUUGUUAGUCAUGAUGCGAAGUCUAUAGAAACCCGGCCCUCUUCAGCCAUCACCCAGGCUCUUGAUAGCUCCACCCUCCAUGCUAGUCCCCCAAGGGCAAGGAGAUCGAGCCCUCAACUGCAGAGAAAUCCGUCCCUUAAGUUGUUCGUGAAUGGUGGUGUGGAGAGACCUGCCAUACUGAUGCACCCCACCCCACCCGCAAACGGUUCUCUUUUAGCUUCGACAUCCUUCGCCCCGAACAGCUGCGGCAUAUGGUUUGCCCUUCAGGCCGCCCGGAACCAGUCAGCGGACAAUCCUCUCCCACAACUGUCUAGUCCUUAUCUGAGAAUAAAGGAUGGAAAACUUCCAGUUUCUCACGUCAAGAAGUACCUUGUCAAGAAACUAGGCUUGUCCAAUGAAACAGAGGUCGAAAUCACAUGUAGGGGCCAACCGGUUGUUUCCAGCCUGCCGCUGGAAAGUGUACGAAAUAUCUGGUUUGCAACUGCUGCUGCCCCAAAUACGAAAGAUCAGGAAAACCAGGGUCUAGCCGCAAACGAAACCACCACUGGCUUGAUGCAUCUGGAUGCAAGUUCUGCCAAAGAACUGAUUAUGGUGCUGACCUAUCAGAGGCAUAGGAGAAAUACACGCAUUUGUUGAAGAGCUGAUCCAUUCAUUCAUAGUAGUAUGCCAUCAUUAAAAUCAGCUGUUGGGCUGUCAUUUGUAUAGUUUUGGGCGAUUGUCCCUCAUUUGAAAGAGAGGGAUUACAAUUUCCAAGGUGUAUACCGUACGUGCAUGAUUUCAACUUGGAUGCGCAAUUUGAAGUCCAGGUGCUGUCAAUUGAAUUGCGGAGGCAACUAAGACGAAGGGUGCAGAAGCUCGGCUUGUAGUAUGGAGCUCUUUCCAACUCUGUGAAUGUGCAGGUUGGAAAUCCCCUAAGCCAGAACUUUACGAUGUAGUUCGACACUGAGAUGAUGCCGCGAUGAGGCUAGGCUGCCUCUGGUUAAAGACGUGGUAUGUCUCAGUAAAUUGAGUUUGAAAUGAGUUCAUAUGUGCGGUGAGAUCAGAAAGCGGUUACCAGGGCUCCGAUACAGGGCUCCGAUAUUGUACUUUUGGAGCUGUAAAUGUUGCAAGCCAGUGAAUCUUUUUGACAGUUUGAGGAAUCUGGUUCAGUCUUCUCCAUUCUUGCAUGCAAAGAAGAGCUGUUAAGAUUAUCGGUUAGGAGAGAAGCCUCGUUUUCAGACCCCUUUUUACAUUCUCCUAAGUAGCGACCGUUGAACUUCACCUUUUUUUCUGCAUCUUCGCCGUCACGUUUUUGCCUCUUAUGUAACAAGUUCGAGUCUAGGAGUAGGCACAUGUACUUGGAAGGGAUCGAAAGAGAACUUGUCGAUCGUGUGUGAUCUCUCUUUUAGACCACGCUG